GUGCUGCUCUGCUGCAUCUUUACAUAUCUUUUCCUGUUAAGUUGAGUGCAUAUUUAUUCCGCAUUUGCUACAUGUAGGCACUCCUAAAGAUUAUUGACCCGUAUGUUGUUUCCUGCAACUUUUAUCUUCUUGCAACUCUUUUAUGUUCUGACCAUGUUUAUUCCAGACAUAUUGUAUAGUCCCUUUACAAAGCAAUGAAAGGAGUUUGGUAGAAUUAAGUAUUUUGUCUGAUCCAUCAAAAAAGAGGAUCGAAAGUCAACAUGUUGCAACAGAUUCUAAGGGACAUGUACAUUGAUCCCGACCUCCUUGCAGAGCUCAAUGAGGAGCAGAAACAAAUUCUCUUCUACAAGAUGAGGGAAGAGCAAAUCAGACGCUGGGCUGAGUGGGACAGAAAUCUAGACAAGGAGGAAUCCAAAAUGAAAAUCAAAGCCAAGUUCAAACACAAUAAUUCCAAACGUAUUGAGUGGCUAAAAAGCAGUGAUGGAGAAGUAUGGGUUUGGGUUAUGGGAGAAGCAAAGGGGGAUAAGCCUUAUGAACAAAUCUGUGAGGAAAUUAUGACAGAGAGAGCAAGAUGUCAAGCUCAGAAGGAAGCAGAGGAACAAUGGAAGCAGAAAGAGGCAGAAAUUAAAAAGAAGUUUCGAGAUGCCAUGGCCAAAGAAAAAGCAAGAAUAGUUGCUGAAAAAUGGAAAGUUGAGAUUGAGGAUCGAAAAGCAGCAAAAUUAGUAGAGAUGAGAUUUCAGGAAGAAUUAAAGAAACGAGAAGAUGAGGAAAGGAGAAGAGGUGAAGAACAAAUUCGACAGAGAGAAGAGCUACGCGCAAAAGAGCUCUACCUGAGUCUAAAGAAAGCACAGCUACAAAGUCAACGCAAUGAAAAUGAGGAGCAAGAGUGGCAAGAACAAUUGCGCAAGUCAAAGGCUGCAGAUGAAGAACGCAAACACAAAGCUCGCAGAGCAAGGGCUGAAUAUCAUCGUCAAUCUUUGCGGGCCAUUCAGAAAGGAAAGGUAGCUGGACUGAGUAGCUUAUUCCAAAAUGCCAACCUAAGCAAUGGGCAAGAAUCAAGUCAAGAAGACAGCAGUUUAUCAUCUGUUAAACUUCAAGUGCCAGUUCAAAAAGUAUGGGAGCGACCAGCUCGUCCAAUAUCCAAGGAUGUCAUUGUUCGUUGGUUUAAGGAAGAACAGAUUCCACGACGUGCCGGUUUGGAAAAGGAUAGUGGACAAAUUGCAUCCUGGUUUCAUGUUAACAUUAAUACUCAUAAGGAAGCAAUAUUUAUGUUAAUGAAGAUCAUCAAUGAAGCUUUAGGAGUGUAA